AUGUUUCAAGAGGCGGAUCAGUGUGAUUCCUACUCGGCCAUGUCGCCCCAACUCCCAGCCCCAGUGGUCGGAGCUGCGGCGAAGCUCCCGGAGUUCUGGCAGAGCGACCCGGCUUCGUGGUUUCAGCACGUCGAGGCGCUGUUCCACUUGAGGGGAAUCGCGACAGACGACUCCAUGUACUACAUGGUCGUCGCUGCUCUUGAUCAGACGACCACUCGCCGUGUCAUGCAGCUCUUGCGCGCACCUCCGCGUAUUGGGAAGUUCGACGCGCUCAAGCAACUUCUGCUUAGGAGGUACUGUCUGUCGCCCGCGGAGAGGGCUGACAGACUGCUUUCGCUGCCCGGCUUGGGCGAUGGCACGGCCGCGGACUUGAUGGACAAUAUGCUAUCGCUGUUGGGCUCGGAUGACGGCGGGUUCCUUUUCCCGCACAUUUUCCUGCGCCAACUUCCCCCUCCGGUACGAGCGGUGUUGGCUAACUCUCCCUGUUUGGCCGCGGGAGACUACCGGGGGUUGGCUGAGGACGCUGAUCGAGUCCUCCUUGCUACGAGACGGUUCGCUGUGCACGGUGUGGAGGCGGACCCUCAGCAGACGGUGACGGAGGACGCGGACUCGGCAGUGGUGGCUGCGGUUCGGCGCAAAGGCUCGGCGUUGUUCUCCCCCCUGCGCUUUCGGGGCUCCGGGAAACGCCGGCGCCGGCGUCCAGUAGCAGCUGUGGGCGCCGGUGAACGGAGUGAGCUGCUCUUCGUUAACGACUCGCUGUCGGGAAGGCGUUUCUUGGUGGACUCCGGCUCGCAAGUCAGUUUGCUUCCCCCUGGACGCACGGACAAGUCGGCCCGGGGCGGCGGGCCUCUAUUAAGUGCCGCGAAUGGCUCAUCCAUCGACACGUUUGGCACAAGGUCGGUGACUGUUUGUUUCCACGGGCGUGAGUUCGAGUGGGACUUUGUCAUUGCCUCUAUAACUGUCCCCAUUAUCGGCGCUGACUUUUUGUGUGCUAAUGGCUUACUUGUGGACGUUGCCAAUCGCCGUUUGAUUGAUGCUGUGUCAUUUGCCACAUUUCCGUGCAAGACGGGGGGACUUGGGCCCUUAACACAGGCUAACUUUUUGACGUCGGGUGACGUUUUCCAGCGUCUGUUGGCGGAAUUUCCGGCCUUGAUCACACCAUCUUUUUCUACCGCGGAUACCUUACAUGGUGUUGAGCAUUUCAUUCCCACAAGGGGACCGCCGGUUUUUGCGCGCGCUCGUCGCCUUGACGCUGCUAAAUUGGCCACGGCUAAAGAGGAGUUCGCCAUGAUGGAGCGCUUGGGCAUCGUGAGGCGGUCUAAGAGCCCGUGGGCCUCGCCUCUACACAUGGUGCCCAAGGCGGACGGGUCAUGGCGGCCAUGUGGCGAUUUCCGCCGCCUCAACAAUAUCACCGCGCACGAUCGAUACCCCAUUCCGCACAUUCAGGAUUUUUCCGCCCGCCUGGCCGGGGCAACAGUUUUUUCCAAGGUCGACCUGGUCCGCGGUUAUCACCAGGUCCCUGUGCGUGCUGAGGAUGUGCCCAAGACUGCAGUAAUUACCCCGUUCGGCCUUUUCGAGUUUUUGCGCAUGCCUUUCGGCCUCAAAGGGGCAGCGCAGACCUUUCAGAGGCUGAUGGACUCGGUGUUGCGUGACCUCACUUUUGUGUUCGUCUACCUUGACGACAUAUUGGUGGCCAGUCCUUCGGCUGAGGAGCACCUGUCGCACCUUACGCAGGUUUUUCGUCGCCUUGAUGAGCACGGCCUCAUUGUUAACCCGGCCAAAUGCCAGUUUGGGCUGCCGGUGAUAGAUUUUUUGGGCCACCGCAUUUCAUCACAGGGUGCUAUUCCCUUACCGGCCAAGGUACAGGCAGUGGCUGACUUUCCCCGCCCUGCUACUGUCAAAGCGCUGCAGGAAUUUUUGGGCAUGGUUAAUUUUUAUAACCGUUUCCUUCCUCGCGCUGCCCACCUCCUGCAACCACUGUACGCAGCCUUGCGGCAGAAAAAGGCUAACGACCCUCUUGACUGGACCUCUGAGCGGGUCCAGGCUUUCCAGCAGGCUAAGUCCGCCCUCGCCGACGCUGCGCUUCUUGCUCACCCCGUUGCUGCAGCGCCGGUGGCCUUGACAACAGACGCGUCUGACAUUGCCGUUGGUGCGGUAGUCGAGCAGCGAGUAGAGGGUGUGUGGCAGCCACUUGCAUUUUUCAGCCGCAAGCUGCGUGACAACGAGCGGAAGUAUAGCGUUUUUGACCGGGAGUUAUUGGCGCUUUACCUGGCAUGCCGCCAUUUUCGUUUCUUGUUGGAGGGCCGCCAAUUCACAGCUUAUGUCGACCAUAAGCCGCUCACCUUUGCUAUGUCCAAAGUGACUGAGCCAUGGUCGGCCCGCCAGCAGCGCCACUUGGCGGCCAUUUCGGAAUUCACGACGGACAUUCAGCACGUGGCGGGCAAGGCUAACCCAGUUGCUGAUUGUCUGUCUCGGGCACUUGUGUCUCCCGUGCUCCUCGGGACGGAUUUUUCUGAGUUGGCCGCGGAUCAAACCGGUGAUCCCGAUAUCCGAUCCCUUGUGUCCGGGAGCACUGCCCUGCAGCUUGAGGACGUGGUGGUACAGGAUGGUGGUCCCACACUCCUCUGUGAUGUUUCUACUGGCCGCCCCCGGCCCGUGGUUCCGGUGGGUUGGCGGCGCCGGAUUUUUGAUGCGAUGCAUUCCCUCUCGCACCCAGGGGUUCGAGCGUCUGUCAAGCUGGUCAGUGCAAAGUUUGUCUGGCCUGGCCUUCGGCGGGAUGUCAGGGAGUGGGCAGCUGCAUGUGUGGCGUGUCAGCGUGCCAAAGUCCACCGGCAUACGAAGGCCCCCCUUGAGCCAUUCCCGAUUCCAGACAGGCGGUUUGACCAUGUGCAUGUGGACCUGGUGGGCCCUCUACCUCCCUCGCAGGGGUAUACGCACCUGCUCACUAUGGUGGAUCGUACCACCAGAUGGCCCGAGGCGGUCCCGUUGUUUGCCACUGCCUCUGCUGACGUAGCCCGCGCAUUUCUAUCGGCCUGGGUUGCACGUUUUGGCACUCCGUCCGAUAUCACCUCGGACAGGGGGCCCCAGUUCGUAUCGGAGCUCUGGUCGGCGUUGGCUGCAUCCUUGGGUGUGCAAGUGCACCGCACUACAGCCUACCACCCUCAGGCUAACGGUUUGUGUGAGCGUUUUCACCGGUCUCUCAAGGCUGCGUUGCGGGCAGCGCUCACGGAUGGCAACUGGGUCGACCGUUUGCCUUGGGUCAUGCUGGGGUUGCGGUCGGCUCCCAAGGAGGACCUGGAGGCCGCGCCUGCUGAAUUGGUACUCGGACAACCGCUUCGCAUUCCGGGCGAGUUUUUACCCGAGAGCUCUACUUCCCAACCGCGCCCUUUCGGGUCCAAGGGACCUGGGACCCCUGGGCCCAUUCACCACUGUUUUCCGCGUUCGUUCGUGCCACUGGACCUCAGUUCGGCUCGGUUUGUUUUUGUACGUCAUGACGCCCACCGGUCGCCCCUUCAGCCCCCCUACGAUGGUCCUUUUCGGGUGCUCGAGCGUGGGCGUAAAGGUUUUGUGCUGGAUUUUGGCGGCCGCAACGAGCUUGUUACAGUGGAUAGGCUUAAGCCUGCGCACGUGGUAGCAGGGGAAGGAAUGUUGCCGGCACAGGUCCCUCGUCGUGGUCGCCCCCCGAGGUCCCCGACCAACCCUGCGCGGAUCAGAGAGGACUGUCCUUCUUCCCCUUUGCAGGUUUUGCCCCUUCCUUCGGCUGAUGGUCAUCGCAGCCGUGGUGGCAGGCUGAGCUCAUUGGGGGAGAUCCAAAAGGCCAGGAGGGUCUUAGGAGAGGCCGAGCGGCCUGGCAAGUCAGCCACAGCCCAGCCCGCGGGCCGACCACAGCAGACAGAGCAGUCCAGAGCGCAGACAGAGGCCACCAGCGCCAAGCUCCCAGCCAGGCGAAGCCACAAGACCGAGCAGCAGCAGAACAGGUCAGCGGCAAGCCGCAGCACAGCAGCGGACGCGCAGACGAAGCAGCGAAAGCAACCACAGAGACAGAACAGCGGAGACAAAGCAGUGGAGACAAAACAGCGGAGUUCUCAGACGGCUGGCAUUCAGGCAGAUUACACCUUCUGA